AUGAUGCGCACACCUGCCACCUCCCUCCUGCGCGCCGGCGCCCGGGCCAGCAGCAUGCGCACAUCCAUGGUGACCGUCGCGCCCCGUGCCGCCGCCUCGACCCACGCCAUUUCCAACCCGACCCUGGCCAACAUCGAGAAGAGGUGGGAGGGCAUGCCGUCGACCGAGCAAGCCGAGCUGUGGAUGGCCCUGCGCGACCGCAUGAAGGAGAACUGGGCAGACCUCACCAUUCAGGAGAAGAAGGCUGCUUACUGGAUUGCCUUUGGUCCCCACGGCCCCCGUGCCCAGCCGCCUGCCGACGAGGGGCGGAAGGUCGCUCUGUACACUGCCAUCGGCAUACUGGUCAGCUUCGGCAUCUUCGCCACCAUCCGCGCUUUCGCCGGCCCGGCACCCUCCACCAUGCACCGGGAGUACCAGGAAGCAUCCGACGAGUACCUCAAGAGCCAACGCGCCGACCCCUUCACUGGUGUCGCGUCCGAGGGAUACGCAAAGAACGGCAUCAGCAUGGUCCAAUCGCCUCCCAAGAAAUAG